UCCCUUCCUACAUUAGGUACUUGCUAGAGGGGUUUUGGCUUCCGACUUGGGUUUAAUAUCUUCUACCUUACCAACUACUACCAAAACCACCAAAGCCAAACUCGACGUCCUCGCAACUGUCAUAAAACAAUCGUAUCUGCAGUAUUUUGCAUAUCAUCGACGCCAAUACAGCCCUUUCCAUAUCGGACAUUGUAGUGGGGACCUUGGCCAAAAGGGUACCUCCGCUCUUCCACUACCCGUACAAUCAGUGCCGGCCGGAUCGUUUGCCCCACCUCCCCCAACGCCAUAUACCUUGGUACCCUUGCUUCCUCACCUCAGCUGCCUCAGGCAGGCCGGUAAUCAAGAUACCAACUAGGUGGCCAUCUGCGAAUUCCUCCUCUUCCAUUACCAUAGGUCUUGACGACCAAACGUUGUUCUUCGCACUUCAUUUCCCAACAUCGAGCUGUGCCAACUAUCGCAUUCAACAUUCGCCUCAGAUGCUCUUCAGAUUAGGGCAUCACAUUACUCGACAGGAUCCCACCACUUCUGCGAGAAACGCUUUGUCCUCGGUCUAAAGUCUACGAAUAUCUCACGCAAUGUCUCCAUCAACGGAUAAAGUCAUUGUGACUCUCUCUGAGAGGGGAUCAAACUCCGUCGACAUGACGUUUAUCGAUCGACAGCUUACACUAGAUGCCGAAGACGACAGGAUCGCUAUCGGUAGGACUUCUAAGAGCAUUUCCAAAGGCCGUGUUGCGACCGAAGUCAACGGUCUUUUUGACUGUGCUGUUAUGAGCCGGAACCAUGCCAUUAUUUAUACCAAGUCGGGGGAUGUUUUUAUCGAAGAUAAUACAUCUAUGCAUGGAACAUUUGUCAACGAGACAGACAUCCGUGGACGCUCCUCGUAUCAGCUUCGAACUGGUGACGGCGUCCGUUUUGGGAUCCCUAUCAAUCGUAAUGAAGAUUCAUUUUCACCCGUUCUAGUUACGGUUGGCAUUACCAAACAAGACCGACAAUUGCCUUUAACUUUCGGGGUCCCGGAUGCGUCAGAUUCAGAGCUUGAGGCUUCCGACGGGGAGGGAAACGAUCACGAUGACGACUUUACGCAAGGCGCAGCAAACUGUCCACAGGUCGUGGAUUUGACAUCACCAGUCAACUCUCCUCAACCCGUUAGCAGUCCAAACCCACUGCCCGUGGCAAAUCUGGAUUUUUUCACCGUUAGACAAGUCGACAAUAUCGAGGACGGUAUCAUCGCUUCAUCACCGCUUGGAGGGUCUGUUGUGUCCAGUGACGGAGAUCUCGAUGAUGCAUUGUUUGAUUCAAGCAAUAAUGAUGCUGGCGAUUUUGAGGAAGAUACUAGCGAUAAUGUCGACUCGGAUAUGUAUUCCGAAGAAGUAGACCCAUCUGUUUACGACGAGGUCGAUUCAGAUUACGGUUCCGACCUCGAAGAUCCCCAAGAUGCAAAGAACACUGAAAAUACCGAUGGUGCAGAGUCCAUCAAAAACACAGAAAACGCCGAGCCUGAUGUCUUCGGUUGGCCUCAGACUCCUGAGCCCACAGCCACUGUCGAAAUAUCGACCAUCACUUCAUCUGCCCCUGUCCUUCCUCCUGCAGCAGCUGCACCAGAGGUCUCGGUCUAUCCCACAGAGGAUAUUGACCGGCAAGAGACUUCGAGAAAGAGAAAGGCAGCAGACCUUUCUGAAAUGACCAUUGAAGAACUCAAAUGGGGUGUUCCGCGCGACCCGGUAGACAGAGAGACCCCUGCACCAGAUCAGGAGACUGUGGCAAUAGCCGCACCUGUAACUCCUGUCUGCUUUAUAGAUACCCCUCGACCAUCAAAACGGCUGCGUCACUUUGCGGCUGGCAUAGGUUAUGCAGCCCUCGGAGGCAUCACAGCCGCAGCCGUUACGUUCGGAUCUCUUGCCUAUACGGCACCAAGCUUUUAAUUGGGGCAGGAUGUCGCCUUUUCGACUUCAUGGGUUGUCUGUCUUUAACUUCUGUCGUCCCCUUUCUCCAUUUUUCACCUGCGUUGAGCUGAAGGUUUUGGGACAUGUUUUUUUUUUCUUUUGUCUGAAACUCCUUCCCCUCCCCCCAUGAGUUGCUUUCCCACUUGUCCACCAAUUUUUUUUACGAUUUUAUGAAGCAAGACCGAGGGGCUGGCGAACAGGCUUUUGUCAAUGUGGGUGGGAAUAUGCAUUUACGUUUCUUUAUACAGAACCUUUUAACUUGACUGCAUUGGCGUCCUGGCGGAGGGGAACAUAUGUGCGUAUGGUAUUUUUGUCUUUGAACCGGUCAAUAUAGCGAAAUUCCCAGCU